AUGGCCGAGGCGAUCAAGAAGCUCCCCGUGAAGGGCGCGUGGCAGGUGUACGUCCACAAGCUGCGGGCGUACGUCAUGGGCGACGACGGCUCGCCCGUUCGCCCCCACCUGAUGCUCGUGAUCUCGACCAAAGACGGCCAAUUCCUCGCGUGCGAACCCGCAUCCGGGGACGACGAGGCCGGCGGCGGCAACGUGGUGAAGGAUCGCCCCACCCCCGAGGCCCUCCUCGCCUUCCUUAAGAGGGUAAUGACCCACCCGAGGGUGAUGAACACGACCGCGGCGGGGGAGAAGCGCAAGGCUGCUCGACCGGAGUCUAUCCGAUUCGCCGACACCCACACGGCGUCCCUGCAUCUCGGGGAGAAGGAGAAGUGGGCCGGGGAGACCGCGUGCCCGUACGUGGAGGGAUGCCGCGCGGGACUCGCCGAGUGCGGGGUCGACGACGUCGGCUUUGCCCCGGUCCCGCCCGAUCUCAUCGAGUCCAUCAUCCGCGCGCAGAUCGAACCCUCGAUGGCUCCGGAUAACCAGGAGUGGGGCACGCAGCACCUCCCCGGCUUGUCGCAAUCCGUCGACGGCUUCACCGACGCGUUCGGCGGAUCCCUCUUCGCCGCCGCGGCGGAGUUCGCCCGCGUCUCGCCGUGGACGGCGCUCGCCAAGCGCCGCCCCGUGCAGAUAUCGUACAGGCUGGUGCUCAGGGAGGACGUCGCGAUGAGACUCACCGCGUACGUGUCGCUGGUGGGAUCCAAGGAGGAGGGAUCCUUCGGAUUCGCCGUGCACAAGACCUUGGCGGAGGCGAAGAGGGCGUACGAGGUCGAGGUAGGAGGUGGGGAGGACGGGGAGAGCGCAGGGGAGUCAUCAGUCAACGGCCAGUCGUGCAUGUUCGCGUCGGUGUACGAGUGUCCGUUCGAGGACGUCGACGACGCGGAGAGGGCGGGUUGGGACCUGGCGCCGAUGGAGGACGAGCCGGGCGAGCGGUACUGGCCGAUCUUCUGCAAGAUGGCGUUCGAGAAGGGCGAGGGCGGGACCGAGGACGCGCUCUCCCUCACCAGGCCCGCGAUCGUGGAGCUGCAGUGCUUCGAGCUCGCCCUGAAGGCCGUGACGGCGCUCAUCAAGUCGGGCGAGCUGCGACGCGCCGACGACGAAAACCAGUCAGCCAACGACGGCAAGCCUUGGACGGUUCAGUGCGAGACGUUCGCGGGAAGCGCGGGGAGCGAGAUGGCGACGAUCGACGUGGAGGUGUCGCUGCCGUCCCUCGACGAUUCAGCCGCGAACGAGGGACAGGACGCGUACCUGUGA